CCUUCCUCCUGGCCUUCCCCUUCCCCGCCCAUGGCCAGAAGAGCGGAAAAGCGACGCAAGUCCCCCACACUUUUGGAGAGGCGCCUCUAGUUAAAGUAGCUGUGGCAGGAGGACCUGGGAGGCAGAGGAAGGCGCCAUGGAAGCAGGUGGCAACAUCUAUGAAGAGGCCUUGGCCAACGGAGCAACUCAGGAGGGCGAAGAGGAUGGUCAGAUGAAUGGCCCAGCCCUCAAUGGCCCCGAGGUCCAGUUGGAGGAGUUUGUGGGAGCCCAUGGCGAGUACAAUGAAGAGGAGGAGGAGCGGAAGUACUUCCGACGGAAGAAACUAGGUGUUCUCAAGAAUCUUUUGGCAGCCAGCAUUGGGGGGAUGCUGAUCUACGGGGUCUUUUUAGGCCUGCUGCAGAUGCAGCUCAUCCUCCACUAUGAUGAAACCUACCGGGAAGUGAAAUACAGCAACCUGGGGUUGCAGAACAUUGACAGCAAGAUGCUCAUGGGCAUCAAUGUCACCCCAGUUGUUGCACUUCUGUAUACUCCACUUCUCAUCAGAUUCUUCGGAACCAAAUGGAUGCUGUUUUUGGCUGUGGGCAUUUACGCACUCUUUGUCUCCACCAAUUACUGGGAGCGUUACUAUACUUUGGUGCCAUCUGCUGUGGCAAUUGGAGCUGCCAUUGUCCCUCUCUGGGCCUCCAUGGGGAACUACAUCACCCGGAUGGCUCAGAAGUACUAUGAAUAUGCGAACUACAAAUUGGAGCAUGUCCAGGAACAGAAACGGGCCCCACGUGGAGCUUACAACUCCUACAUCAUUGUCUUCCAGACAGUCUUCUAUGGUCUCUUUUAUCUGUGUUUUGUCUGGUCCCAGUUCCCCAUGCAUUUCUUCCUAAAGGGUUACCUUUAUGACCUGAACCAUACACUCUGCAACGUAGAGCACUGUGGUACCAGAACCCAUGGGAUCCUCACAGGGUUCAAUACCACGGUUCUGCAGAAGCUUCCACGUAGCAGUGAACUCAUCACUGUGGAGAGUGUACUCAUGGGAGUGGCCUUCCUCUCCAUGCUACUGGUGCUGAUUCUGUGUGGCUCAGCCUAUCGCCCCACCGAGGAGAUUGAUUUACGCAGCAUCGGUUGGGGGAAUAUCUUCCAGCUGCCUUUCAAGCACAUGCGAGACUACCGCCUGCGCCACCUCUUCCUCUUCUUUAUAUACAGUGGCUUUGAAGUGCUCUUCCUAUGCAAUGACUUUACCCUGAAUUAUGGUGUCUGCUCCAUUGGCCUGGAGAACAUGGCAUACAUUCUGAUAGCAUACGGACUUUCGGCAGCUGUUUGCUCCACCCUGACACUCUCCAUGCUGUGCCUGCCACGCCAAAUUCCCCUACUUGCGGGUGCUUUUGUCCAUGGUGUCCUCUUGAUCGCCCUCUUCUUCUGGGAGCCUCCGGCCCGAAGCUUGGCUGAAGCCUCCAUUCUCUACCUCGUUGCUGCGCUCUGGGGCCUUGGCAGUGUCCUCAACAAGACCAGCCUUAGUGCACUCCUGGGGAUGCUCUAUGAAGACAAAGAGAGACAAGACUUCAUCUUCACCAUCUACCACUGGUGGCAAGCCCUGGCCAUCUUUGUUGUUUAUCUGUGGUCUUCACUGCCCAUGAAGGCUAAAUUAUCCAUCUUGUUACUUACACUGGUAGCUGCAGUUGUAUCCUACCUGUGGAUGGAACAUAAAGUAGCUCAGUUUAUCCCACACCGCCUUCCCAAGAUCCCCAAACCACGGCACAAGAUGCGGGGCUUCCGCUAUCUGGAAGAAGAGAACUCUGAUGAGUCAGACUCAGAGAAGGAGGACGAAGGGAAAGAGAAUGACUCCUCGGAGGGAGAAGCGCCCAAUGACCAACAGGACCAGCCUCGGCGCAGGAACAGAUGUGCCUAUGAGCAGGCCCUUGGGGAAGAAAAUGGAGACAAUGCUGGUUAACUUUUACCACAACUUAGCACGUUACGGGUUUUUAAAAAUAAUUCAUUCCCAUCAACUCAUUGUAGUAUUUAAAGGACGGCUUGUUUUAUGUGUUAUUACUUUUUCAUCACUUUUUGUUAGUUGUUUUACGAAAUUCAGGAUUCAUCACAAGCAGACACCAAACCUGAAAAUUUGAUCUCAAAAUUAUGGAUAUCCUAUCAAACAUUUCUUGGUACUCCAAUGCAGUAGUAUUGUUACCAUUAUGUAAUGGGAACAAUAUCACUGCAUUGGAGGAGUGCCAAGACUUUUUUUGAAAUGUAAUUUCCCCAUGACCUUAUUGCCAAGAAAAGUAACCCAGUAUUAGUGGUAACAAAAUUGCUUUUAACUUGCUACAGGUUCAGCAUCCCAUAUCUGAAAUGCUUGGGACCAAAAAUAUUGUGUAUUUUAGAUUUUUUUCCAGAUUUUGGAAUACAAUACAGGUAUAUACGUGUAGAGUGGUGUAAGGCAGCAGGGAGAUGACAGCAAACAUCAACAGGUAUUCUUCAGGCUUCCUUGACUCCGAGGAGAAAAGAAAAGCAGGAAGGAAGAAUGUGGUGUGGCUAAGUUCACAACCAAAUUUUGCACAAACAGUGCCCAUGGCUGCUCAUCCACUGCCACUUCCCAGCCAGUGUGAAGUCUAGAGUGAGAUGGUACAGUGAUGAAUGAUGGAAACUGCUUCCAGCUUUGGUCCAGUGGAGAGCUCCAGUCCAGAAUCCCAGUACCUUUCUGUGGACAGAGUUCAUACCCAAUCAGAGCCUUUCCUACCCAAAAGCUGGAUAUAAGGCCACUUCCAGUAGUAGCCUGUGGGACUCCAUUAUGGCAGCAUAGGGAAUCAGAGAAAAAAAUGCAUAUUCUGGAGUCAGGUACUACCCAGUGACAGGAGAAACUGGGAAAAGGAUGUGGGGCGGCUGCCAUCACUGAUGAUGGGACUUCAACAAUAGGGAAUGAAAUAAGACCAUUUCCCCCAUCCCUCACCACCACCACAAUGGGAUGAAGUUCUUUGUUUUCUUUGGUGAAAAUUUCCCUCUCUUUUUUAUUUUAGUAAGAACUAGAAAUAAAAUUUCAGUAUAUUUUCACAUA